CGCGCGUGUGUGUGUCUGUCUGUCUGUCUGCAAUUCUGCGAGAGAGAAAGCCCCUUUGUGAACCAAAUUACCUUUCUGCUCAGGACCCAGGGAAACGCCCUUUCCCGCCACCCCCCUCUCCAAUAUGUCAGUGAAUAGACAAUGGAAGUUGUAGCCUUAAAGACCAAAGGCAAGAAAAUUUCUACUGAAUGUGAUGAGUAUAAAUAGUCUGCGGUGGGUAGAGAAUCCCAGAAUGAAAUACUAUUUUGUUGCAUUAAAUAUUUUCGUAUCCUCUCACUGGGCUUUUAUUGUUUGGUAGCAUCUCAUGUUAUAUUUGUUUCUAACGUAGGAACUGCUGUUUUAAGGAUACUAAUUUCCAGUUUUUUGCAGUGGAGAAGAUUCCAGAGAAAAAAAUUGUUUAAAUGAAAAUUGCUGCAGACAAAGAAGAAUUAUACUCUGCAUCCAGCCGUCUUUGUUCUAGUGCCUCUUCAUUAAUUCAUUUCAAUUCAGGCACAUGGACCCAGGCUAGGUCAGAGGAAGAAAACUAGCAAAACAGCACAAUGAGAUCAUGUAGGCAGUUGCUGGAAAUAGAGCUUGCUCUGUUAAAUAAUGUAGCAGGCAGUACAGGUUCGCACUAGGUACAGCAAAUACAGCAAUGCAGCAAUGCAGGAAGCCGAUCUUGUUUAGCUUCUAACCCCCUAGUAUUGAUGGAUUCUGCAGACUGCAGAAGGGUGUGGCUUCCAGCCUCAGCUGCACCAAGUCCUAUUUAGAAAAAAACCUCAUCAUUUUUAAGGGAGAAAUUAAAUUCUAAUUAAUUAAUCAUUAAAUUUUAUUUACUUCAUUUUACAAAAUCUGUGCUUUGAAUAUUUUUUAAAUAUGAAAAAUCUUCUAUUCAAGCACAGCUGUAGCAACAGUGGGUAUGCACCACAUGCUGAACAGGGCCACAGAGACUUUAUUAUUCAGACCACACCCAUCUACAGCAUUUGUAGCAGGUGCUAUUCUUCAACCAUUUUUAUUAUGUUAGGGAUAUGACUUCAAAUACAUUUGAAGAAUAUAUCACUAGAAAUGCUUUUAGAGACUUACUGAAAAUUCAAAAUGCAAAUACAGCCGAAUUUUACAUUUUUUUUCUCUUUUCCUUCCUACAGCGUGAGUGCAUCUCCAUCCACGUUGGCCAGGCUGGUGUCCAGAUUGGCAAUGCCUGCUGGGAGCUCUACUGCUUGGAACAUGGCAUCCAGCCGGAUGGCCAGAUGCCAAGUGACAAGACCAUUGGGGGAGGAGAUGACUCCUUCAACACCUUCUUCAGUGAGACGGGCGCUGGCAAACACGUGCCCAGGGCAGUGUUUGUGGACCUGGAACCCACGGUCAUUGAUGAAGUUCGCACUGGCACCUACCGCCAGCUCUUCCAUCCUGAGCAGCUCAUCACAGGCAAGGAAGAUGCUGCCAAUAACUAUGCCCGUGGGCACUACACCAUUGGCAAGGAGAUCAUUGACUUGGUUCUGGAUCGAAUUAGAAAAUUGGCUGACCAGUGCACAGGUCUUCAGGGCUUCUUGGUUUUCCACAGCUUCGGUGGGGGAACUGGUUCUGGGUUUACCUCUUUGCUGAUGGAACGCCUCUCAGUUGAUUAUGGCAAGAAGUCCAAGCUGGAGUUCUCUAUUUACCCAGCCCCCCAGGUUUCCACAGCUGUAGUUGAGCCCUACAACUCUAUCCUCACCACCCACACCACCCUGGAGCACUCAGAUUGUGCGUUCAUGGUAGACAAUGAGGCCAUCUAUGACAUCUGUCGUAGAAACCUUGAUAUUGAGCGCCCAACCUAUACUAACCUUAAUCGGUUUAUUGGUCAGAUUGUGUCCUCUAUCACUGCUUCCCUCAGAUUUGAUGGUGCCCUGAAUGUCGAUCUGACAGAAUUCCAGACCAACCUGGUGCCCUACCCCCGCAUCCACUUCCCUCUGGCCACAUACGCCCCCGUCAUCUCUGCUGAGAAAGCCUACCAUGAACAGCUUUCUGUAGCAGAGAUUACUAAUGCUUGCUUUGAGCCAGCCAACCAGAUGGUGAAAUGUGACCCCCGCCAUGGUAAAUACAUGGCUUGCUGCCUGUUGUACCGUGGUGAUGUGGUUCCCAAAGAUGUCAAUGCUGCCAUUGCCACCAUCAAGACCAAGCGUAGCAUCCAGUUUGUGGAUUGGUGCCCCACUGGCUUCAAGGUUGGCAUUAAUUACCAGCCUCCCACUGUGGUGCCUGGUGGAGACCUGGCCAAGGUACAGCGGGCUGUGUGCAUGCUGAGCAACACCACAGCUGUUGCUGAGGCCUGGGCUCGCCUGGACCACAAGUUUGACCUGAUGUAUGCCAAGCGUGCCUUUGUUCACUGGUACGUGGGUGAGGGAAUGGAGGAAGGAGAGUUUUCUGAGGCCCGUGAGGACAUGGCUGCUCUCGAGAAGGAUUAUGAGGAGGUUGGUGUGGAUUCUGUUGAAGGAGAGGGUGAAGAAGAAGGAGAAGAAUACUAAAGUUAAUAUGUCACAAAGGUGCUGCUUUUACAGGGAAGCUUAUUCUGUUUUAAACAUUGAAAAGUUGUGGUCUGUCUGAUCAGUUAAUUUGUAUGUAGCAAUGUAUACUUUCAUAUACAAUUACUGACCUAUGCUUUAAAACAUGAAUGCUUUGUCACAGACCCAAGCUGUCCAUUUCUCUGAUGGGUUUUGAAUAAAGUAUUCCCUGUCUUA